AUGCUUCGUUUUAAAAGAACUCUGGCAACAGAGACAUUUCAAAAUUUACGCACCAAUGUUCCUAAUUAUAACAAAUUAUCCAAUAAUUUAUCCAAUAUUUAUAAAUUAACAAACAAUUCACAUCCUUUAACUUUAACUGAAAAAAUUUUAUUUUCACAUUUGCAAGAUGCAGAGAAGACUUUUGAAAAAAUUAAUAAUCCAAUUGAAUUGCGUGGUAAUGAUUACUUAAAAUUAUUACCGGAUCGAUUGGCUAUGCAAGAUGCAUCUGCACAAACUGCUAUUUUACAAUUCAUUACUACAAACCAUAAAUUCACACAUGUCCCCACGUCUAUUCAUUGUGAUCAUUUAAUUAAAGGUUCUAAGGGUCUCUCUAAUGAUCUUUUACCUUCUGUACAACAGAAUAAUGAAGUAUUUGAUUUCUUGAAAUCAGCUUCUUUGAAAUUUGGUAUAGAAUAUUGGCCACCAAAUUCAGGGAUUAUUCAUCAAAUAGUCUUGGAAAAUUAUUCUGCGCCUGGUUUAUUAAUGUUGGGGACAGAUUCUCAUACUCCAAAUGCUGGUGGUCUUGGUGCCAUUGCUAUUGGGGUUGGUGGUGCUGAUGCUGUGGAUAUUAUGACAGGGAAUUCUUGGGAAUUGAAAUGUCCAAAAGUAAUGGGGAUUCAUUUGUAUGGACAACUAAAUGAAUGGUGUAGUGCAAAGGAUAUUAUCUUGAAUAUUGUUGGGAAAUUAGGUGUUAAAGGUGGUACAGGUUUCAUCUUGGAAUAUUUCGGUUCAGGUUUGAAUAAUUUAAGUAGUACCGGUAUGGCUACCAUAUGUAAUAUGGGUGCAGAAGUAGGUGCUACUUCAAGUGUAAUGCCCUUCUUACCAGCUCAUGAAAGAUAUUUGGCAAAAACAAAUCGUCAAUUUAUCGUGGAAGAAGCUAAAAAAUAUAAAGAUACUCUCUUAAAAUCAGAUGAUAAUGCUGUAUAUGAUAAUGUUAUGGAUAUUGAUCUUUCAAAAUUGGAACCACAAUUAAAUGGACCUUUCACGCCUGAUCUUUCAACUCCAAUUUCAAAAUUUGGUAAAACAUCUAAAGAAAAUAAUUGGCCACAAGAAAUUUCAGCUGCUUUAAUUGGUUCUUGUACAAACUCUUCCUUCCAAGAUAUGUCAAGAGCUGCAAAUAUUCUAAAACAAGCACAAACUGUGGGAUUGAAACCAAAAAUCCCUCUUUAUGUAGCGCCAGGUUCGGCUGCUGUUAGAGAAACUUUAAAACGUGAUGGUGUACUUGAUAUUUUCCAAAACGCAGGUGCUAUCAUUCUUUCUAAUGCAUGUGGUCCUUGUAUUGGUCAAUGGGAAAGAGAUCCAAAAGUUGAAGGUCCAAACACGAUAUUGACUUCUUUUAAUAGAAACUUCAGUAGACGUAAUGAUGGUAAUCCACAAACUCAUAACUUCUUGACAUCUCCUGAAAUUGUUACUGCAAUGGCCUUUUCUAAUAACGUUAAUUUUAAUCCAAUAACUGAUUCUAUCCCAAUAGAAGGUACAAAUGAAUCAUUCAAAUUUAAACCUCCAACGGGGAAAGAAUUGCCAGAUUCAAAUUUUGCCAAGCCAACUGAUGAAUCAGUGGCUGCGAUUUGGUCAAAUCCAGAUGAAAAUGUACAAAUUAGCGUUGAUUCAAAUUCUUCCCGAUUAGAAUUGUUAAAACCUUUCCCAAAAUGGUCAGGUAAUGAAUUGAAAACUUUAGUUGUAUUAAAGAUUAAAGGUAAGUGUACUACUGACCACAUUUCACCAGCUGGUCCAUGGUUAAAAUAUAAGGGACACUUAACAAAUAUUUCAGAAAAUACAUUAAUUGGAAGCAUUAAUGCUGAAACUAAUGAAACUAAUACUUGUUAUGAUUUAGAUGGUAGUCAAUACACCGUUCCAGGUUUAAUGAAAAAAUACAAAUCUGAAAAUAUUCCUUGGUCUGUAGUUGGAGAACAUAAUUAUGGUGAAGGUUCUGCUAGAGAGCAUGCUGCAUUGAGUGUAAGAUUUUUAGGUGGUCAAAUGGUAUUAGUUAAAUCAUUUGCAAGGAUUCAUGAAACAAAUUUGAAAAAACAAGGUAUUUUACCAUUAUGGUUUACUAAGGAUUCCGAUUAUGAUUUGAUUGGUAGCGGGGAUGUUUUAGAAACUAUCGGUUUGAAAGAUUUGAUUAAAAUGGGUGUUGAUAACGGUGAGUUUGUAAAUGGAGGAUUAUUAAAAUUGAAAAUUACAAAACCUGAUGGAAAUGAACAUAUUAUUGAUGUUAAACAUACAAUGUCUAACGAUCAAUUGGAUUUUUUUAAACAAGGGUCUGCAGUUAAUUGUAUGUCUGCUUAA